AUGUCGCACCAUUGUGAAGAUGAGCAUCAUUCCCAUUCUAAUAGCCAUGGCCAUGGCCAUUCACAUUCUCAUCAGCCCCCAAUUCCGACAAACCCUCAGCAAUCCUUAUAUCAAUAUAUCGACACAGCUAAAAUAUGCAUAUUAAAUGGUAAACCAAUUCCAACUAAUGCUACACCAUCUGUUUCAACAUUUUUAAAAAAUCAAGACCAUAAAUUUGUUUGUAAUACUUAUUUGGAAACCGAUUCAGAUUGUCAAUUGAUCAUACAUUUACCAUUCAUUGGUAAUUGUAAAAUUUAUUCCAUUAUUAUCAGAAAUAAUUCAGAUAAUCUUUCAAAUGAUUUAAGUACUCCAAAAAAGGUCAGACUCUUCAAAAACUUUAAUAAAACUUUACAUUUUGAUACCAUAACUGAUUCAAAAGAGGAUUAUUCAAUCGAAUGCCCCAAAAAUAUUGGAAUCACUACUUCUGCGAAUGAUCUGGAAAUAAAUACUGAUGAGAAUACAUUUGUUGAGCACUAUCUACCACGGAAUCAGUUCCAAAAUACUAAUUCAUUGACAAUAUUUUGGGAAAAUAACUGGUCUGAUGACGAAGAUUUACUAUUACGCUUAUACUAUUUGGAAAUAAGAGGUGAAUUCUUAGGAAUUUCGAAGGCUAGAAGUACAGUUCCAGGAACACUGGUUUAUGAAUCUGCACCAAACCCAGCAGAUCAUGUGAGUUUGGAAAAUGACAAAGAGCAUGCAAAUCUUGGUAUGUAG